AGCGAUUAAGAGGGACGGGCGCGAUGAGACCCCGCACUCGCAGGCGGGCGAGCGGCGAUGGCAGUGUAAAACCGCAGACCUGGACCUGGCCUUCUCUAUGGACUGCCUGUGCGCUUUGUCCUGUAGUACAGCAGGUGUAUGGGAUCCCAUUUCAGUCCAGCAGUGAAGCAGCCUACAGAAGCGGAGAAGGAGCGAGGUCGAGUCCUCUGAGGUCCCUGCAUGGAGCGCAUGAACUGGGAUUUCUGCAACUUUUCUUGUAGCUCACCCGCGACUUUGAAUAGCAGAGGUUAUUUUCACUCUUAGUCGCUUUACGACAGAAACUAGAUGAACGCCGAUAUCGUUGUACUUUAACUGGUCCCCUCUGCGGAUGUCCAGGGCCUGGCGGUGGGGCGCUAGGAGCAGCGAGCAGAGCCCAGUUAACCAUGGCUCCUGCCCAGGAAGGCGGCCUGGCCCAGCGUCUCCUCUCCCUGCAGGGACUCUUCGCCCUGCUGUCGGGGGGCGUGCCCCAGGAGGGGGCUGGGGCCCGAACCUCGGGGGCCGGCUGCCACAGCACGGAGCAUCCCGUCUUCUCGUACUCGGAAAUCGCGCCAUGGAUCCACAGGUUCAGUGAAGAAGACACGGUGGAUUACUCGCAGCUGACCUUUGAUCCCAGCCAAAAUGAACUGAUUGUAGGAGCUCGAAAUCGUCUCUUCAGGCUGAGUGUGGUGGACCUGUCGCUGAUCCAGGCCGUGGACUGGCAUUGCGAUGACUUCACCAAGGCCGCCUGCUUCAGUCGCGGUAAAUCUGAGGAGGAGUGUCAGAAUUACGUCCGUGUUCUCCUUGUUAACGGGGACCGGCUCUUUACCUGCGGAACGAAUGCAUUUACUCCGAUUUGCACCAAUCGCACGCUUAGCAACCUGACGCUGAUCCACGAUCAGAUCAGCGGCAUGGCGCGGUGCCCCUACAGCCCUCUGCACAACUCCACCGCGCUGCUCACCGCCUCCGGCGAGCUCUACGCCGCCACGGCCAUGGACUUCUCGGGUCGCGAUCCUGCCAUCUAUCGCAGCCUGGGGGCUCUGCCCCCACUCCGCACCGCGCAGUACAACUCAAAAUGGCUCAACGAACCCAACUUCGUGUCAUCCUACGACAUCGGCAACUUCACCUACUUCUUCUUCCGGGAGAAUGCUGUGGAACACGACUGCGGCCGGACGGUGUUCUCGCGUGCUGCCCGCGUCUGCAAGAACGACGUUGGAGGGCGUUUCCUGCUGGAGGACACGUGGACCACCUUCAUGAAGGCACGCCUGAACUGCUCCCGGCCGGGCGACAUCCCCUUCUACUACCAUGAGCUGCAGGGCACCUUCUACCUGCCCAAGCUGCAGCUCCUCUACGCGGUCUUCACCACCAAUGUGAACAGCAUCGCUGCCUCCGCCGUUUGCGUUUUCAAUCUCAGCGCAAUUACCCAAGUGUUCAAUGGACCGUUCAAGUACCAGGAGAACUCGCGCUCGGCCUGGCUGCCUUAUCCAAACCCCAACCCCGACUUCCAGUGCGGCACAAUAGACUACGGCAGCAACGUGAACCUGACGGAGAGGAGCCUGCAGGAUGCGCAGAAGUUCAUUCUGAUGCAGGAUGUGGUGCAGCCUCUGGGGCCCAGGCCCACCUUCACGGAGGACAAUGUGCGCUUCACGCACCUGGUGGUGGACGUGGUCCAGGGCAAGAACAGGCUCUUCCACAUCAUCUACCUGGCCACAGAUUACGGGACCAUCAGGAAGGUGCUCUCCCCACUGAACCAAUCAACGGGCAGCUGUCUGCUGGACGAGAUCGAGCUCUUCCCGCCGGGCCGGAGGCAACCAAUCAGGAGUCUGCUGCUUCAGCACGGCCACAGCGUGCUCUUUGUGGGUGUCCAGGAUCAGGUGAUCAGGGUGCCGCUCGUGCGCUGCGGCUUCCACAGGACUCGUGAGGCCUGUCUGGGAGCCCGGGACCCCUACUGCGGCUGGGACUUGGGUCUGAGGCGCUGCACGGCCCUGGAGGAGAGCCUCAGCAUGAAGCAGUGGGAGCAGAGCAUCAGGGAGUGCCCUAAGAAAAACGUGACGGUGGACGGUGGCUUUGGCGCCUGGUCGGGCUGGAAAGUGUGUGGCCACAGCGACGGGGGCGCCGUCGGCUCCUGCCUUUGCCGGACACGGGCCUGUGAUGCCCCCCCGCCACAGUGUGGGGGCCAGCCGUGCAUGGGCACUGCUGCAGAGGUCACCAACUGCUCCAGGAAUGGAGCAUGGACGCCAUGGACCCCAUGGGCACCUUGCAGCACCAGCUGCGGCAUCGGCUUCCAGGUCCGCCGGCGCUCCUGCAGCAACCCCAGCCCUCGGCACGGGGGCCGCGUGUGCGUGGGCCAGAACCGUGAGGAGAGGUACUGCAAUGAGCAUCUGCCCUGCCCACCGCACGUUUAUUGGUCCAGCUGGUCACCGUGGGAACGCUGCACGGUGCCAUGCGGCGGGGGGCUCCAGGCACGGCGCCGGACCUGCGAGAAUGGCGAUGACUGCGCUGGAUGUGGCCUGGAGUACCAGUCCUGUAACCUGCUCCCAUGCCCCGACCUGAAGAAGACCACCCCCUGGACACCGUGGAGUCCAGUCAACAUCUCGGACAGUGGCGGCCAUUACGAGCAGCGCUUCCGGCAUACGUGUCGGGCACGGGUGCCGGAUCCCAGCCUGCUGGAGGUGGGACGGCAGAGGGUGGAGAUGCGUUACUGCUCCAAGGAUGGAUCUACAGGCUGCUCCACUGAAGGAGACCCCCUGCGCUCCGGCCGGCUGUCAGCCCACGCUCUUAAUGGAGGCUGGUCGCCCUGGGGCCCCUGGUCCCAGUGCAGCCGUGACUGCAGUGGGGGCACCCGGAGCCGAAAGCGAGUCUGCAGCAGUCCUGAGCCCCGCCAUGGUGGCCUGCCCUGCCUGGGCCACGCCCUGGAGUAUCAAGAGUGCAACAUCGCCCCCUGCCCAGUGGAUGGGAGCUGGGCCUGCUGGUCACCCUGGUCCAGGUGCUCCGUCACCUGCGGGGGAGGACACUACAUGCGCACUCGCACCUGCAGCAACCCCCCACCUGCCAAUGGGGGGGACAUCUGCCUGGGUCUGCACACUGAGGAAGCUCUGUGUAACACUCAGCCCUGCCCAGAAAGCUGGUCUGAGUGGUCCCAGUGGUCCCAGUGUGACUCUGCUGGUUCCCAGCUGCGGAUCCGUCGCUGUGACAUCCUCUUCCCCACCGGAAUCCAGUGCCUGGGGAAUAGCACAGAGUCCCGACCCUGUGUGUCUGACUCCAACUUCAUCUCGGAACUAUCUGUCGCUCGUUCCAGUCAAGAAGAGCGAAGAUGCGAAGAUUUCAGCUUGUUCCACAUGCUCGCUGUGGGCCUCAGUAGCGCCAUCCUCGGCUGCUUGAUCACACUCUUGAUCUACACGUACUGUCAGAGGUACCAGCAGCAAUCCCACGACGCCACAGUCAUACAUCCCAUAUCGGCUGCUCAGCUCAACACCAGCAUAACCAAUCACAUCAACAAACUGGAUAAGUAUGACUCCGUGGAAGCUAUAAAGGCUUUCAAUAAAAACAACCUGAUCCUGGAGGAGCGAAAUAAGUACUUCAAUCCACAGCUAGCGGGAAAGACGUACACCAACGCCUACUUCUCUGAUCUCAACACGUACGACGACUAUUAAGUUGAGGUUUACUGUCAGAUGGAUGGACAAUUCUUUUUGUAAGACCACAAGCAUCUUGUUUCGUGAAUUUUCCGUUAUGCUUUCGUGAUUUGUAUUGACGUAUUUGACAUGCGGUAAAUUUACCGUUGGCCGUUUAUUUGGACUUGGAGGGAACAACAGGAGAUCAGCACAUUUUCUGUGUCUGGAAGACGAUUGGGAGAAACCAGUUUUAGUACAUUAACUAUUUUUAAACUAAACGUUUAGUGUCUAAUAGCUACAACGAGAUCAAAGACUUCCCAUGAAACAGGGUUCCCCAGUGAGAUGGCUGGUGAGCCUGUGCUUAGUAUAUAGAGCUCUCUGUUCUACCAAAACACUAAAAUACUCUAAGAUUCAACUUAUUUCCAUAACUGAACUAAUUUAGUAGUCUGUCUCAAUACUGAGGUUAUUAGCCGUUUAACAGCCGCUAGAAACCCUUUAAGAGCAGGGAUUAGCAAUACCUGCUGUAACCCUUUGGAAAAAAUAGCGCUCCUGUGAUAUAGUGCAUGGACGGACUGGGCGGAUAACCUUGUUGCUUCUUUGAUUUGCAUGACUGAUUGCAUCAUCGAGCCUUUGGACCUGAGCAUGGUCACAGCCUUCUGGGCGCAGAGGACAUCUCACCAGGGCUCCCAUCGCGAGUCCUCUUCCUAGCCAAUCCACCUGUAGAUAUUAGGAAUAACAGAUGUUUGUGUUUCUUUUCCGUGCGAGGCCUUGAUCGUGGUAAUCGCCUUGUUAAAGUAAACCAUUCCACUGUACAGUGAGCUGAUUCGCAGCUCUGUGCCACUGCAACCUUUUGUAGUUUUCAGAAUGCAGUAUGUUUUUUUUCCCAUUAAUACAGUCCUGUGUGUUUAAAAACAUAUCACUAAUAAAAAGAACCAAUGAACAUAUUUUGUCAACAUAAACUGAUGUCUUGUUUGUAAUUUGUUGCUGAUUUGAA